AUGUUGGUGCCCUUGCGCUUGCGGCGGUCGCCCCCGGCGACGCUGAACCUCCCUGGCUUGUUGGAAGAGUGCUGGGCUAAAUGGGCCGUGAUCCCUACAGUGACAAGAGAGGAUAUUUCCGUGUUGAAGAACGACUGGUUAACAGACAAUGUCAUCGCCUUCUGGGAAGAAUAUCUGGAACGCGAAUACCUCACAAACUAUAAGCACAGCCACAUUGUCCUCCUCCGACCGACCAUGUCGUUCAUGCUCAUGCAGACACCUGACCCACGAACCAUCAAGGAUGCCCUCCCCGACUUUACAAACGUCACACACAUCUUCCUCCCCAUAAACGACAACCCCACUGCCUCUGUCGCCGAGGGCGGCACGCACUGGUCCCUCCUCUUGGUCUCGAUCGUCGACGGCGUGGCCUUCCAUUAUGACAGCAUGCCGCCCGGCAACCAGCACGAAGCACACUACGCGACCCAGAAGCUGAGCAGGCUGAUCAACCGGCCCUUGAGGUUCAUCAAUCUCAACGACUCGCCCCUGCAGGACAACGGCAGCGAUUGUGGCGUGUUUGUGUGCUUGAACAUGCGGCACCUGUUGCUGAAGAGGUUGCUGAUGGUCAGGACGGACAACAAAGUGAGCAUGUCCUUGGGUGGGAGGACCGUCGACGCCGCGGCGGGGCGCAAAGAGAUCCUGAAGAUCAUCGACGAGUUCCGGCGCGAGGGCGAGCGGAGACGCAGUAUCAGCAAUUCCCCGCAUCCGGGGCGCAAGUCUAGGAGUCCGCCGAGGAUCGACAGUCCCGGCGCGAAUAGGAGCAAGAGUCCGAGGCAUGGAUAG